GGCGCCCCGACGUGACGCUCGCGCUUCCCAAGCCGUUGAUCCGGUCAAGUCGCGUGAGGAUUCGGUGACCUCGGCGGGGCUUCUGCACACGCAAGGUGAUCAGCUCAGCUGCGCGCGGAAGAUGAGGUCUUUCCUGAUGGGUCUGUGCGAAGUCGUGGUCCGGGUGCUGACUUGGCCGCUGUACGUGAUGAAGGCGGUGGGCUUGUACAAGCGGCUGUUCCCGCUGCUCGCCUACAACAUCACGUUCUCCUACAACGCCAAGAUGCACGAGGAGAAGAGGAACCUCUUCCGAAAUCUUUGGAAAUAUGCCAACACGGACGGCACGCUGCGUCUGCUCGAGAUCGGCUGCGGUUCCGGGGCAAACUUCAAGUUCUACCCGGAUGGCUGCACGGUCGUAUGCACCGACCCGAACCCGCACUUUAAGAAAUACCUGCAGAUGAGCAUGCACGGCAGCGACCAUUUAACCUACGAGAACUUCCUAGUUGCCCAGGGAGAGGACCUGGGACACAUCGGGGACGAGUCUGUUGACGUGGUGGUCUGCACGCUGGUCUUGUGUUCCGUCACCGACGUGCAGCGUGUGCUUUCGGAGGCGCGACGCAUCCUCAGGACGGGUGGUGGCUUCUACUUUAUGGAGCAUGUUGUGUCAGAGCCCUCCUCGUGGACGUUCUUCUUCCAGCACGUUCUCCAGCCCUUGUGGUACUUUCUUGGGGACGGAUGCGUGAUCACUAGAGCAACGUGGGAGGAUCUGGAGGCAGCUGGCUUCUCAGAACUUCACCUCAGACACAUCGAGGCUCCGCAGGUCCCCAUCACAAUCAGACCACACAUCGUGGGACAUGCCAUUAAGUGA